UGUGUUUACGUAACCAGCGAAGAAGCUCAGGGGCAGAAUGGAGCGGCACAGUGUGUGGAAAUGUUGGAUUUAAACGUUGUUUUCACCCCCGGUUAAACAUUUAAUUACUCCUGAUAGAAAGCAGACAUCCGUGGGAAGUUAACCAUAUGAAUGUGUUAACAAGUAUGGAAGUGGAGAACCAAAACGAGUUCACAUCCCACUGUCCUUCCCAGACGGGCAGCAGCUCCUCCACCCCUGAUGUGUUACGUCCAGAAAACCACGAUGACAGCCCGACCCACCACACACACCGCCCCGGCACUGUUAUCCCCAAUCGGAUUUUUGUUGGGGGAAUUGACUGCAAGGUUAACGAGAGCGACCUGCGGCAUAUCUUCUCUCAACAUGGUGCAGUAAAGGAGGUGAAGAUUGUGAUAGAUUGCUCAGGAAUGUCCAAGGGAUAUGGCUUUGUUACAUUUGAGACUAAAGAUGAUGCACUGAAAGUCCUUCAUGAUACAAAUGGAAUCUGUUUCAAAGACAAGAGGCUCAGCAUUGGUCAGGCUGUCCGCAAGCAGCACGCUUCAGGACAUACUAAAAGUGGCCCUAUGACCUUCCCUGACUCUGCCAUGCCUCUGCCAAUGUCCUGUGGGACCCUGCACCUGACCACGUCGGCAGGCAAUCCGUACACCUACCACAACGGAGUGGCCUACUUCCACCGCUCCAACAUGAGCCCUCCUGCCCACCACUGGCCUCCUGCUCCUCCAGUGAUGCAUCCUCGGUCCCAUCAGCCUAUCUACCAGCAGCCAGCCUAUCACCACCACCAGUGUGCCCCAAACCAGUAUCAGUGGAAUGUCGUCCAGACGCCGAUGCCCUCCAGUCCAGUCGUGUACUCUCAGCAGUCAGAAUAUCUGUACCAGCCCGCUGAUGGAGGCCCUGUCCAGCCUCCUCUGCCUGUCAUGGAGGACACCACACCAGAGUUUGCAGAUCCUAUGCUGCAGCAGGUUUACCCGCUGUAUCCUCCAAGAACUGAAGGAAUGGCACCCAUUUUUCUGCAACAUGACGCUGGGAAGAUGUUUCCACACUCGCGGGCCCAUCUGAAGCCAAAGCACCGCCGAUACAUCCACCACAAGGACUACCACUACCUGCCAGAAGCAGCAGAGCCUCCAGACGCCUCCGUGCUCCACACUCACCAACCUCUCAUGUAGGCUAAACCCACUGACUCCUUGUCAGGGGAAAAAAAACCCACACACAGCACCACAACCUCUCGUGCCAGUUUAGUUCCUCCUUUCCUUCUCAACACAUAUAAUCCAUCAACUCUUUAACCUGUGCCUUACAACAUAAUGCAGUAUGUUUCAUGACAUGUGAUUUCAUCGCCUCUUUGCUGAGAUUGUGUCUGUUCUCACCAACUCAAGGUAAGCUCUCACCUUGUAGACUUGCAGAUCUGUUUCUGUGUUGAUGGUUUCAUACAGUUGGAUGAUUGCAGUUCACUCUACAUUACAGUGGCUCACAUUGCAUACUGUACAUAACAGUGUUUACACUUAAUUUCUCCUGAAUUAACACAUAAACUUAGCAAUGAUACAUGAGUUUUUCCAGUAAAU